UUGAAGAUACUUCAGCAGGAGGCGGACUGCUGCCCUGCCUCUCAGGGGACGGGUUAGCUGGAUAUAAACCGGUACGGAUACGCGCAGAUUAAUGACAUCGUAAAGAUUUUUUUUCUCUCUCUCAAGUGGUGAAAUUCCAGUCCACCUGAAAACCCCCAGCAAACGGUCUGUGUGAUAGCGGGAAACCUGUCAUACAGCAUUAGGGACGACCACAGGGACGAAAUGGAAGGAAACUUGGGAUCUGGGAUACCCAGUGCACUUGAAGAGAAAAACGUGAUUUGGAUUUAAAGCGGCACAAUUUGUUUAAUGACCCAUUUCAAGGUUGCUCAAGCCUCAGCCAUGAUACACAGUUGGCGAUUGUGCUGGGCCUAUUCAUGCCUCAUGUGUCUUCACUUUCUACUCCUCCAGUCGAGCUCUCUGUCAGUGAGCGCGGGUUCACAUCAGUCCCAGCAUCCACACGCACCUUCCUUAGUGCCUCACAUUGCCUUGCCCCUCUCCCGCUCCCAGUUCAGUGCAACGACCCAACUGGAUAUCACAAGCCACUGCAACGCCAGCUGCUACCACAAGGGAGAGGAUGUCAACAAGGAACGCCUAACUGAGCAGCUAGCUUUCGAGACGCUGUAUGCAGACGGUUCGCGUACACUGACCACCGUUGAUGUCUACGAUAACGGUGAUGAUGAUGACGAUGCUCAUGCACCUUUCCACAAAGUCCCAUCCAUCCCUCACAAGAGAACAAGGAGGCAGAUCUAUGGGGCAGAUGGACGCUUUAACAUCCGUGGGGACAACUUCCUGCUGGACUACCCCUUCUCCACUGCUGUGCGCAUCUCAACAGGAUGCACUGGGGUUCUGGUGUCCCAGCAGCAUGUGCUGACUGCUGCCCACUGUGUCCAUGAUGGGAAUGAUUACGUGAAAGGUGCGCGCAAACUCAGAGUGGGUUUCCUCGUCCCGCCCUCAGCAAAUAGCACUAAACCAGGCCAGGCUCCUCUAAAGAAGCCCGUUGUGCGCUGGGUGAAAGUCAGGCGCACGCGGGUGCCCAAAGGUUGGAUCCAGGGACCCCAGGAGGUCAGCAUGGACUACGACUAUGCUCUCCUGGAGUUGCGCUGGCCCCAUCGCCGGCCCUUCAUGCAGCUGGCCGUGGCCCCUCACGCCGAUGAUCUGCCUGGAAAACGUGUCCACUUCUCCGGCUUUGACAGCGAUCGGCCAGGAGAGCUCGUCUACCGCUUCUGCCCCGUGGAGGACGAGUCCAACGACUUGAUCUACCAGCACUGCGACGCACGCCCAGGCGCCAGUGGCUCCGGCGUCUAUGGCCGCGUGUGGGACGACACGUUGGAACGCUGGGAACGCAAAGUGAUAGGAAUCUUCUCGGGACACCAGUGGCUGGAAAUCGAUGGCGAGAACCGUGAUUACAAUGUGGCUGUACGCUUUACGCCACUCAAGUUUGCUCAGAUCUGCUAUUGGGUGCAUGGCAACAAAGCAGACUGCAACCAGGACUGACAUGAAGAAUGAGAGGAAGGACAAAUGAUCCAUGGACAUGCACUUUAUGGUGAAUCCUUUCACAAGCAAGGCAACUACAUUCAGAUCAUGUCCUUGGCAAAAGGCUACCACAGGAUUCUGGAAUUGAUUGUUAAUUUUUUAUUUAAUCCAAAUUGGAUCUGAAACCACCUGUGUCUUUAAAUUGGACAUUUAUUUAAAUGAUUUAAAAAAAAAAACACUUUUUCCUCUCUCCAUUUUAAAAUGUUGCAACAUUUACCAUUUUAGUUGAAAGUUACUUAAUACUGCUGAGACCUGUAAUAGUGUGAUGAGGGGCAGCUUAGUACACAUAUUUUAUGUCAUAUCAAUACACAUAUAGAACAGAAAAUACCAGUUGCUUUGUUUUUUAUUGUUAGGAUUUUAUUGCAUUUUCCUUUCCGACGACUCCUGGAAUGGAAUUCAUUUUCAGACUGAUGCUUACAAUUGCUUUGAACAAUAGUCAUUGUCACAUGCAUUAAAGUUUCUUAUAAAAAAACCCCAAACAUUUUGGUUAAAGAGCUAAUUUGUUUCUGUGGGUGAACUCACUGUCACUGUUCUUUUGUUGUUGUUGUUGUUGAUGUUUUAUUUCUUAUCGCAAUAACAGAAUAACCUAGUAGUGCUGAGUUGUGUUAUAAAAGGAGGAAAAUAGUUAACUCUGUGUUUUGUUUGAUAUUAUAUGGUUAAUUUCAGGGUAUAGAGUCCUAAAUAUCUAGCAUAACCCUCACAAUGAUUUGCCAUAGUAAUUCCUAAAGAGAUAUUACAGGGCUAGCAAAAUUACAAAACUUUAUUAAGAUAAUAUAUGCCAUAAAGAUACCAUGUUUCUUAGUAAUCAUGACUAGCUAUAUUGGAUACCAAGUGCAAGUAAUGAGGGCUAAACUGAUGUUGAAAUAUAUUUCUAUUUUUUUGGAAAAUGCUUCUAUUUUAAUAAACAAAUAAAAUAUGUAUAUUA